UGUCACCUGAUCUGCGGAGGCCGCGGUGGGUAGAGGCAGUGGAGGCCGAGAGGUUAUGAUGGCGGCGACCGCGGCGGAUCGGGUGCGGGCGGGGACGCGGCGGGCCCCGGCACUCUGUCAGAUACCGUGGCUGCCGCUGCUGCUGGUGGCGGCGGCGGCGGCGGCGGCGGCGUCGGAGCAGCAGGUGCCGCUGGUGCUGUGGUCGAGUGACCGAGACCUGUGGGCUCCUGCUGCCGACACCCACGAGGGCCACAUCACCAGCGACAUUCAGCUCUCUAGCUACUUAGACCCCGCCCUGGAGCUGGGCCCCCGCAAUGUGCUGCUGUUCCUGCAGGACAAGCUGAGCAUUGAGGACUUCACAGCGUAUGGUGGCGUGUUUGGAAACAAGCAGGACAGCGCCUUUUCUAACCUGGAGAACGCCCUGGACCUGGCUCCCUCCUCUCUGGUGCUUCCUGCCGUCGAUUGGUACGCAGUCAGCACUCUGACCACUUACCUGCAGGAGAAGCUCGGAGCCAGCCCCCUGCACGUGGACUUGGCCACCCUUCGGGAGCUGAAGCUCAACGCCAGCCUCCCAGCCUUGUUGCUCAUCCACCUGCCCUACACAGCCAGCUCGGGUCUGAUGGCGCCGAAGGAAGUCCUCACCGGCAAUGAUGAGGUCAUCGGGCAGGUGCUGAGCACCCUCAAGUCGGAAGACGUCCCGUACAUGGCGGCCCUCACGGCAGUCCGCCCUUCUAGGGUGGCCCGUGAUGUAACCAUGGUGGCUGGGGGACUGGGUCGCCAGCUGCUGCAGAGACAGUCGUUGUCACCUGUGAGUUACAAUGAUACCGCCCCCCGGAUCCUGUUCUGGGCUGAAAACUUCUCGGUGGCAUACAGGGACCACUGGGUGGACCUGACCUCCAUCACCUUUGGGGGCCAGGACCUCAACCUGACUGGCUCCUUCUGGAACGACUCCAUUGCCAGGCUUGUGCUGACCUAUGAACAUCUCUUUGGUACCACGGUGACAUUCAAGUUCAUUCUGGCUAACCGCUUCUACCAGGUGUCCGCGCGGCACUGGUUUACCAUGGAGCGCCUCGAGAUCCACAGCAACGGCUCCGUCGCCUCCUUCAAUGCCUCCCAGGUCACGGGGCCCAGCAUCUACUCCUUCCACUGCGAGUACGUCAGCAGUCUGAACCAGGAUGGCAAUCUCCUCGUGCCCGGCACGCAGCCCUCUCUCUGGCAGAUGACUUUUCAGGGCUUCCAGAUCCAGGCCUUCAACGUGACGGGUGAGCAGUUCUCCUACGCCAGCGACUGUGCAGGCUUCUUCUCCCCGGGCAUCUGGAUGGGGCUGCUCACCUCCCUCUUCAUGCUCUUCAUCUUCACCUAUGGGCUGCACAUGAUCCUCAGCCUCAAGACCAUGGACCGCUUUGAUGACCACAAGGGCCCCACCAUCGUUUUGACCCAGAUCGUGUGACCCUGCGCCUGUGGGGGGGUUGAGGGCAUGCUGGUGUCCAGGCUGUCACGUUGCCACCAGAGGCAUGCUGGACAGGAGGGCUUCCUUCUUCCUACCAUAGCAUGACUUCCAGCUCCCCUUAGCCUAUCUGCAUCCCUGUUCAACCUGCUGGGGGUCUUCCCUGGGUCACCCACUCCCCAUCUCUAUCAACAAGGUAUAUAUAUUCUGCGUAGAUAGUAGACAAAUUUCCCAGGCUUAGUCAUUGUGAAGGAAGGGGCUGUGAGUUCUAGGCCCUGUCCUACUCCCCCUUCCUCCUUAUUUAUUCUCAUUUCUCCACAUUCGCUCCUUGCUGUUUAUAGUGCUUUUGUGUAGCCAGUGCUCCCUCCCAGGGCUCUGUGGGGCUCCUUGUAGCAGCUGGGAGCUGGAAGUUCCCUGAGUUUGGGGGCUGUGGAAAUACUAUUUAAAUGUCUGUCCUGCUUGGCUGGUGUUACUGUUUUUUGGUGAUGCUGUGCUAACAAUAAGCCGUACACUGGGGUUUAUUUCUUUGGCCUGAGAAGGAGGGGACCUCCGUGGCAAGUGGGCUGGGUGUGAUCACUGGGUUUCUGGCAUGCUCCUGGCAGGAGUGCCUGGCGGGAGCCUGGCAUGCUUGUGGUUUCCUUCCUAAUAAAAUAAAGACGGGUCGCCAUG